AUGGAACAGCAUGCGCAGCAGCCUCCUUGGCCGUUGACGCUCUCUACCUUUCUGUCUUUCGCUCGUCCCAUCACAGAGGUGUCCGUACUAUCUUCUGUGGAGUAUGUUUUCGCAGAAAUUCCUCGCAGACUUGCCUCGCGCGCUCGCUCGCUGGAGGCGCUACCAUUCAUUGUCGGCAUGAAUCCGUUCAUUGCGCGUACGCUUCAGGCUUACCGCAGGAGCUUCCAAUUUCUCACUAUGCACCCCCCUGUCAAGACACUACAGGAAAAUGCUUUUUUUGCUGUGCAGCUUGAAGCAUUUGUGCAAAGCCAUGCGAAUGACAUACCAACUAUGGCUAAAGGUUUUCAGGAGUGUUCCCGUUACAUGACACCGGAGCAGAUCAGUGAAUUUUUGGAUGGCGCAAUCCGUAACCGCAUUGCAAUGCGCCUGAUAGCAGAGCAGCACAUCGCAUUAUCUCGCUCUUUGAUGCAGAAGGAGAACAGCCGUGAUCACCUCGGCAUAGUACACAUGUCGUGUUCUCCGCGGGACACGAUAUGUAUGUGUGGAUCCUUUGUGAGCGAGUUAUGUGAGGCUACUCUCGGCGCAAGUCCGAAGAUCAUCAUCGACGGUGAAAUAGAUGCCACUUUUGCAUAUAUUCCUGUGCAUCUGGAGUACAUCCUUACCGAGAUUCUCAAGAAUGCCUUUCGCGCUACUGUGGAGAGACACCACAAACUAUACGCCUCCGCUACCUCGACACCUCCUAUACCUCCUGUUGUCAUCACGAUCUCGCCGCCCCCACCGCUCACGUCUCAUGCUCGCGUUGGGCCGGCAUUUCUCUCCAUGCGUAUUCGUGACGAGGGUGGAGGUGUACCCUCUGCCAACAUGGGACGCAUUUUCUCCUACUCAUUUACAACUGCCGGUCGUGGUGCCGAAGACAGUCUGGAAGAUGCAGAUAACGGACUUGGUGGAGGUCCAUACGCAGCGCAACAUGUUGGUGGAAGCGCGGCUGUCGAUGGAAACGGAGGUACGGGUGGCUUGUUCACAGAAAUGACGGGACGGAGUUUGCAAAUGGGUUUGGGCACGAUCGCAGGCCUUGGAUACGGGUUGCCAAUGAGCCGGCUGUAUGCACGAUACUUCGGAGGUUCGCUUGACUUCCUAUCGUUGGAAGGAUGGGGUAGUGACGUCUUUCUCAAGCUAAGAGAUCUCAACGACGCAGGAGACGCGGAAAUUUAG